UUAUGGCAUCAUCUAGCUCGCAGGUUGCUUGUUCCCAGACUCAAACACAGCGCAGGUGGCUGCCUCGCUCUGGUACCAUCAGAUCUGCGGAGAGACGGGAUAGCACUCACUGCAGCCAAUGGCAAGUGUAGCCCCGGAUGUCGUGGUCGCGGGCACGGUGGUGGCAGCCCCUCAGGGCGGCGUCGUCGCCGGCACGGUCGUCGGCGCGACGGGCCACCCGGCGCUGCUGGCGCUGCCCCCGGGCGUCGAAUACGUCCGCGCGCGAAACGUACCAUUUGCGCCGCUCCUGCCGACGGACGCGGUGGUCGACGUCUUCGCGCUCGACCGCGCCAUGUUCGACGCCGCCAACGCGGCCAAGCGACGAGUGCACCUCUGCAACGGCGCUCCGGGCACGCUCGACAUCGAUCCAUCGGUCUGCGUGGCAAUUGGCGGGCCGUGCACUCCACCGUGGACUGCGCACUUUAUCGUGUUUUGUCCUUUGGUGUUUAUACCCCAGAUAUGCAACCUCAUCUACAAGCAUAAGGACAUGGACUUUCCGCCCUGGGCGGACCACGCGCUGAUUGUGACCGACAGGGGCGUCGUCGGCCGGAGGGGCAUGCGGCCCGACCGCGACCGCGGCAGCGAGCGGAGCCACUACGUACGUGACGUCAACGCCAUCGCCUGGGAUGGGUUCGACGUCGACAAAAUAGAAGUGCGACGCUACGCCGAAGACAAGGACUGCUACUGGAACUGUGAUAAGCCGCCGGGGCAACCCGACCCGCUCUCCUACGCCUUUGGCUUCGGCCUCCUCGCGCCCUGGUGCUGGAAGGUCGUACGGAACCCGACGACGCCUGGCCUCUACCGCGCGAAAAUCGCGAGCGACCACACGACAACGGUGACGACCGGCGCUGGCCAGCAGAAACGUUCGACCAGGUACAACACCGCUCAAAUCAGCCUAAUAGCGCUGGCGCGGUCGCCGGACGAUUUGGUCGCGUCGCUCCGCGCGGCCAAAGCCAAGUACACAGCGCCCGCGGCGGCCGCGAUGGAGCGGUCGGAUGCUCCGUAAUGUAGGGCGCGUCGUUUAGCUUAAUUCGUUUCCAUACUGA